UAAGCUAAAGCGACAGAUAUUUACUGAGCUGGUGGCUAGCAGCGCUGUUCUCUGUGACAGCCAGCACGAUCGGAUACACGAAUAACAUCUGAUGAGCAGAAGGAGACGCGUGCCGAUGAAACUCAAGCGUCGUUUUCUUCUUUUGUGAGUUGGCAGCCGUUUAGCCGAGGCUAAGCUAAAGCUAAGCGCCCUGCUUGUCAUUCACUACCAGCUGGAGGUUAGCUUGCUAACUAGCUAGCUAGCAGUUCUGAACCAGGAUGAGCUCUGCACGAGAAAUCAAACAACUGCAAAAAGCUAAAAACAGAGCCCAGAGCAACCAGAACCUAAAGGAGGAAGGCAACAUCUGCAACCAGCUGGGAGAGCUGCUGUCCAGGAGUGGUGAUUAUGAAGCCGCCAUCAGGGAGCACCAGCAGGAGCUGGCUCUGUCCGAGGUGCUGAACGACGUGAUUGGACGAGCUGUGGCCAAUCGUAAGAUAGGAGAGUGCUACGCUGAGAUGGGAAACAUUGAGGCUGCUUUGAAACACCAGCGCUGUCACCUGGACUUGGCUCGCUCUGUCAGCGAUCAUGCCGAAGAGCAACGGGCGCUGGCCACCAUCGGUAGAACCUACCUCUUCCGCUAUGAGUCGGACCAAUCCAGGAACAGUUUGGAGCAAGCGGAGGACGCCUUCAGGAAGAGUUUGGCCAUCGUGGACGACCGACUAGAGGGAACUGUGCCAGAGCGAGAAAUCAGUGAGAUGAAGGCACGCCUCUUCCUGAACCUCGGCCUGGUCUGCGAUCACCUGGGGGAGCCCAAACGCUGCAGCGAGUUCAUCCGGCGAAGCGUCUUCAUAGCUGAGAGGAGCCAGCUGCUGGAGGAUCUCUACCGCGCAAACUUCAACCUGGGCAACAUCUACUUCCGUAACGGUCAGCACUCCAACGCUGUCCGCUGCCUGGAACAGGCCAAAGAGUGCGCCAAGAAGAUCAAGGAGAAGUUCAGCGAGAGCGAGUGCUGUGUUGUCAUUCGUCAACAGGUGCAGCUCUCUCUGGGCGACUUUGUGGCAGCCAGACGAUCUCUGAAGAAAGCUCUCCUGCUGGGAUCUCAGCAGCCUCUGGACAGGCAGGCGGUGAAGAAAGUGUUCAAAUACGCCGACCAGGGCUGUAAACUAGAGGAGGAACUGGGGGAAGAUCAGGGCAAAAGGCUGGGCUCUCACCAGGCUGUGGAGCUGGCCGAGCAGCUGGGGGACCUCUAUUGUAAGGUUGGCUGCUACAGCAAAGCUCUGGAUGCCUAUCAAGCUCAGCUGAAGGGUGCUGAAGCUUUAGGGAAGCCUGCCAGGGAGCUGGCUGUCAUCCACGUGUCCCUGGCUGCCACCUACACAGACCUGAGACAGUACAGCAAGGCAGUGGAGCACUACAGAAAGGAGCUGGCUUUACGACAGGGCAGCUGCACAGAGGAGUGCAGCACAUGGCUGAACAUCGCCACGGCUCAGGAGGAGAGCGGCUGUGCCUCGGAGGACGUAGACGGCAGCUACAGAGCAGCACUGCGCUGUGCUCAGACGUCUGGGCAGGCCAGACUGCAGUGGAACAAAAGGAACGAGAAGGGCGAGACGUCCCUCCACAGAGCAUGCAUCGACGGAAACCUGAAGCAGGUCCAGUAUCUGGUGGAACAGGGUCACCCAGUGAACCCCAGGGACUACUGUGGCUGGACCCCCCUCCACGAGGCCUGCAACCACGGCCACUAUGAUGUCGUCGGUGUGCUGCUGGAGCGCGGUGCCAACAUCAACGAUCCCGGCGGCCCCCUAUGCGAGGGAGUCACUCCUCUGCAUGACGCCCUCACUUGUGGAAAUUUAAAGGUUGCUCGACUCCUGGUGGAACGAGGGGCUUCUGUCACGCAACGAAACUCCAAGGGUAACACUGCCUUGGACACCCUGCGUCAGUGGCAGAGGACAUACAGCCGAGAGCUGGACCAGGACACCAGGCAGGAGUGUGUGGCCACAGAGAGGCUGCUGAGGAAGGCUCUCGCAGGGGGAGUGCCUGCUGCUCCGGCCCCGGCCAAGCCUUUUGAUGCUCUGCAGGACAGCCAGCUAUUUGAUGCAGAGAACUCUGAGCCGCUGACGUCCACUGGAGGGGGCUCUUCCUCCAGCCAACACUGGCCCCGAAACAACAGGAGCUCGGAGGUGAAAGCGGCGGCCGCCAGCCCCAGACGGCAGCAGAGCAAUGGCUCAACGCAGCGGCACAGAGCCAGAGGGACAGAGGCUGCAGUUCUGUACGGGAUUGACAGCAGCUGCUCGGAUGACAGCGACUCUGACUGUCCGGUCAGUCCUCUCCGUCCCGUCCGCCCGAGACACAGUUUCCCAGCAGCCCAGAGUCAAAACGAGGCUCCCUCAAACAAGGAACCUGCCUCAGUCCCCGGCUCGGGUCAGGAGAGUAUUAGAGAGGCCCCUGCACCUUCUGUCUUCGCACGAGAGGAGUACCACAGCGCCAUCCGAGGCUUAGGCAGCGCCACAACUCGUCUCCAGGGCCUCUCACAGCCGCACUUCUCCAGCACACCUGAUGUUUCAUCCAGCAGCAAAUCGGCCCUGGUUCCCGAGGACGAGUAUCUGGCCGACGACUGGCUGGAGGACGACUUGGGCGAAGUCCAGCCGAAGAAGAAGAGGAGGCUCCGGAUGGAUCAGGACGGAGCGAGAGGAGAGGAAGCGGCUUCGACGUCGGCAUCCAGAGGCCAAAACAAGCAGCUGAACUCAGACGCAUCCUGCAGAGGUUCUGCGGUUCACUCCAGCUCCAGCAGGAGUCACUCUCUGAAAAAGAACAGCUCACAGAGGAAUCACCAGGUGAAAAUGACUCAAAUGCCAGGGAUGGUGCGGCUGGGCAGACGGGAGGUCGGCAGGUCCAACAGUCCCACCGUGACGGACGACGAGGACUCGAGGCCUGACACGCCUCCGCCGCCCCCGCAGACACUCAGCCAGCUCAGGAACCAGCCUCCGACUCAGUUGCCUCCACCGAUCAGGAUGAGGGUGAGAGUUCAGGAAGACGUGUUCCUCAUUCCGGUUCCUCAGAGCGAGGCCGACUCCUGCACCGUGUCCUGGCUGUGCGAGCAGGCGGCUCAGCGCUACUACCAGAAAUGUGGCCUCCUGCCUCGCCUCUCGCUGCAGAAGGAGGGCGCUCUGCUCUGCCCACAGGACCUGUUGCUGGCCGUCCUCCACACCAACGAAGAGGUUUUGGCUGAGGUCUGCUCCUGGGACCUCCCUCCUCUGUGUGAGCGCUACAAGAAGGCGUGUCACAGCCUGGCAGUGGGUGAGAACAAGCGUGUUGCCCGACUGUGUGAGGUUCAGGACGGGGCUCCUUCUGUGUCGGUGUGUGGCCUCGGUUUGGACUCCUCUUCCCUCAGCCCUCUCCUGCGAGCCCUAAAACUUCAGGCCAGCCUCACCGAGCUGCGUAUUUCUGGCAACCGUCUUCCCGACAACCUUCUCCCUGAACUGAUUGCAACAACCAUCACGAUGCCUCGGCUGCGGCUGCUGGACAUUUCGGCCGGUUGCGUUACGGCUGAAGGGCUGGGGAGGGCUGUUAAUGCUCUGAAGGGACUCAGUCAUCCUGCGUUUCCGUGCCUGGAGGAGCUGGAUCUCAGCGCCAACCCGCUCGGCGACGGUGUAUCUGAGUCUCUGUCCUGUCUGCUGUCCUGCUGCCCCGUCUUAGCCAAGCUGUCUCUGCAGGCCUGUGGUCUCACCGCUCGCUUCCUCCAGCAGCAUCGCCUGCUGCUGGCCAGCGCUCUCACAGGCUCGGGCCACCUGAAGUCAGUGUGCAUAUCCCACAAUGCACUGGGCUCCACCGGCUUCGAGCUGGUGCUGAAGACUCUGCCCCUCCACUGUCUCACUCACCUGGACCUGUCUGCCGUCCGCAGGGGUCCUGCUGAUCCUCCAGCACUAGAACAUCUCGCCACCGUCCUGUCGCAGGACGACUGUUCUCUGACUCACCUGAGCCUGGCAGCUAACGGGCUGACGGACGGCAGCGUAGCCGCCUUGGCCAGGUGCCUGCAGUCCUGCCCGACCCUGGUGAGUCUGGACCUGUCAGGAAACCCGUCUGUUACAUCAGCAGGACUUCACAGCAUCCUGGCGUCCGUCAGAGAGGCUCGUCGGCCGCUGACGCUCCUGAACCUCCAAGGCUGCCAGGUGUCCGGCCCCUGGGACGCUCACGGUCUGGACGGUUUGUCGGAGCUGGUCCAGGACCUCCGUCUGUGCUCUCAGGCUCUGAACAAGCUGGACCGACAGGCCCUGAAGCAGAGCUGGGAACACGGAAGCUUCCUCGACCGAAGCAACAAGUGCCUGCUCUCUGCUGCAGCGUCCUCGUGAAGAUCUUUGGAUCUUCUGGCCUCUUCUCUUUAUGACUGAUGCAGAGUUUUUGGAGUAAAUGUUUAAUAAAGGAGCCUCUUUUUUUUAUUUUCUGUUCUGUGAAAGCUUCAGGCUGCUCAUCAAAGCCUUAAUGUGCACUGAAGAACCCGGUGCCGUGGCCUCCACAUGUCCUCUGUGUACAUAUCUCGUAUGCUUCCUGUGUUUUGUGCGUCCUAUUUAUGUGAACAUGUACAGAUCUCAUGCUGGUUUUUGGUCGUCGUGUCCUCGGCUCACUGAAUCAUCGUAUGAUUUGAUUUAAAAAAGGAAAGAAAACUAUUAAACGGACUCAUGGUGCUUCUUG